CAACCGAAAGAGCCUGAACCACAACAACCGAAGGAGCAACCGAAAGAGCCUGAACCACAACAACCGAAAGAGCAACCGAAAGAGCCUGAACCACAACAACCGAAGGAGCAACCGAAAGAGCCUGAACCACAACAACCAGAGCAACCGAAAGAGCAACCGAAAGAACCUGAGUCUGUAGCACCGAAAGAAGCGCCGAAAGGUCCUGAGCCAAAAGUUCCUGAACCACCAAAGCAAACCUGCGCUUCUCCUGAUGAUCCUGGAUGCAAACCUCCAUCAGGAGUUACUCCGAAAAAACAUAAAAUAACUACUUUUACAACAAUCACAACCACAGUUACAUUAUAUUAUGCCGGUUAUACCACAACAAUUACAACAACUAACUCUUUAGGAAAAACUACAACCUUCGCAGAAUACAUUCCUCCAUCCACUGUAAUUGUGGUAAAAACAAUGGUCUCACCAGUCUCAAUUGAGGAUAACCUAUCGAGUACGACGAUAAGAUUACACGAAUUUAAUAGCCACAGCUUGUGGGGGGUUACAUUAAGUUUGAUUGUAGUCGUCGCAACUUUAGUUAUUAGUGUUUUCGCGUAA